AUGGUGCAUUUUGGUGCGCACAAGAAGAAGUACACAGCCACCAAGCAGAAGUAUGCCUCUACAUCGAAUGAGUCGAUCUCCAAGUUGCCCAUCAUUACCGAGAAGGAAGCUGUCCUCGCAGAGCUCGCGAAGAAAGGGAAGAAAUUUGCCGAGGACUCCGGAUACUCCUCCGGAAACAGUCAAGAACCGUUAGAAAAUGAUUUCUUUCGGGCAGAGGAGGACGCAAGAAGACAAGUGCUAGAUGAUUCAGGCGAUCAAAAUUUGGAAAUUGCGUUCGAUAUGCAACAUAAUAUUCGACACAUAGCACAUGAUGUCUUCAACAUACCGACCGAACUGCGCAUAACCCGGGUUAUCGGUGAUUCCGUCAGAGGAGCAAGGAAAAUAGGGCUUUUAAUUUUGAGUCGCGCCUCAGACGAGUUACGAAGAGCUGUUGUAAGAAUACUGACCCCGAUCACCAACAUGAUUGUACAAGCUGUCGGAUCGAUAGUUUUCCUCAUGGAGUUUCAACCAGUCUGUGGUAUCGUGGACAACAAGUCGCUCUUUGAGAUGAUUUUUCAAAACCUUCCUUCAAAAUAUGCUAGUGAAUUCUGCCAAAAUUUGAAACGAUGUGAGAUUGCAAAAAAAGUGAGCUAG